UUCAUGGUAAUUUGAUGAAUUAAAUUCUUGUCUUCAUAAAUUUUGCUUUUUUUUUUUUAACUUUGGUUACACUUAUUUUACAUGAGCAUUAGUUACUGAGCACUAGAAGACUCUGGAUUCCUAUUAUAGGCCUAAAUCUAUUCUUUAAAAUCAGUGUUUCACUUAACUUUUAAUUGAAAGAAAAUGUUAUUGUCUAGAAUUUUGGUACAGUAGUAUUUGGAAUUUAUUAAGUGUUUUAACAAUAAGAAAAAAUAAUACUGCAUUUUCCUGCCAUUAUAUGCCCUUCUUCUUUGUCAUAAUCAAAAUAAGUAUAUAAUUUUGCAAAUUGAGGGAAAUUUCCAUAUUGUUCAACAUUUUAUAAUAAUGUAAUCGUAAAGCAACUUUAAUUAUAGUUUUCAACAAUAAUUAUAAUGAUACACAUUAUAAAGCAUUAAUUUAGGGACCUCCCUGGUGGUCCAGUGGUUAAGACUUCACCUUCCAAAGCUGGGGGUGCAGGUUUGAUCCCUGGUUAGGAGUUAAGAUCCCACAUGCCUCACAGCCAAAAAAAACCAAAACAUAAAACAGAAGCAAUAUUGUAACAAAUCCAAUAAAGACCUAAUUCAAGGUAGCAAACAGAAUGCAAAUUGUUGAUCAUUAGAGCUUCUGCUUGCUGUAAUAUUAACUUGCAUGCCAGUCCAUGAGCUGUCUUUACAGUUAUUAUGUACUGUAUACCUUAAAUAUUCUUCUUGAUGUUAUUGGUUUAUCAAAACUAUACAUCUCUAAAUUAAGAGCUUAACUAAUAUAUCAGGUAGCAAGAACUUCUUUAGUCCUUAGGUCCAUCACUGGGGUUAUAAAGGGUUUAUGGGAAUCAUGGGUAAACAUGAAGCAUCAUUAGCAAAUCAGAAGAAUUAGGGUAAUGGUAAAAAUUAAAAAGAAGAAAAUAAGAGGAAGGAACAGAACUCAGAAAAAGUGGUAUACAUGAGGAGUGGUAGAAUGUCACCCAUUGCCUCAUGGAUCCCUUCCUAUUUGUUGAAUAGGAAGAUCUUUCUAGUUUGUCUUCUAACUAGUUUCACAACGAACUAUAGAAGUACUCUUAAAGUUUUUUUUUUUUUUUAAUGUAACUCACAAUGAAUGCAAAUUGUGAAAAGUUCAGAUCUUGCUAAAUUGUAAAUUUAAAUGUCUACCAGAGCAGUAGUAAUGAUGGUGAAAUGUAAAUUACUAUUCAAUAUCAAAUUUUUUCUAUGUAUCAUCUCCCUUUACAUUCAGAGGUGGCAGAUGACACUUCUGAGUUAGAAAAAACAAUCUGACUUCUUUUACCUUUUGCAGUUCAGCCAUUAACAAACCUCAAAACCUUUAAAUGUUCUGCCAGUUAAAUCUGAAAUUGGCUUGAAACCUUUGCUUAAAAUGAUACCCCUGUUUUAUUCAGGAUUUUUGCCUAUUGCAACUGAUUUUCCUUUGUCCACAGCUAUUCUACAUUAUGUUAUGUAAUGCUUUUUUGCAUCCUUAACACUUUUCUUCCACCUUCCCUGCUUGUACUUGGUGCUUUCUACAGUUUGGGAUUCCUUUAGAGUCUAUUCUCUGUGUCUGUUCAUGCACAGAUUUAUUUGCCACAGUCCAGGACCUCAUUACAAGUGGUUCUGUUCCCCAGUUUGAUGAUGUUCACAGAGGCAGGUAAGUGACAUAGCUGCGUCCGGAAGUAAGUGGAGUCAGGUCAUAGAAUCAUAUAGGACCACUGCACUAACAACUUCUGAUAGGUUCUGGAGCUUGAUAGCUCUAAGUGAAAAGGAUCUAGAAAUGUGGAAUUAAAUUCCCUGGAUCAGCAUCCAUUACAGGAAGGAAUGAGAUACUUGAGUUGAUUCUUUUCUAUUUUUUGUUCCUAGAAGUAGUGUUUUUAGUCAUUAAUAUUUUGGUCUUGCUUACUUUAAUAUUCCAGAAAAUUUUAUUCCUCUUUUAAAAUAAACAGGUGGGAUGCUCCUGAUGACAUUCACUCAGAAAGUGUCUUCCUCUCCUAUCAGGGAGAUAGAAUUUUACAAAUUAAUUCUGAAUGUUUCUCCUACAAUUGAUUUCCUUCUGUACCAUUAAAUGACCAUUUGUAGUCUCCUUUUCUGGAUAUCAUAUUUGUACUUAAGCCUACAUUUGUCAUUGUUGAGUUGUGUUUCAGCCGUGUUUAUUAUGCUAAAAGGGACAUUGGGCUUUGGAGUACUCAUCCUGAGUCUAGAUUGACAUCUAGAACUCUAGGUGUUCCUGUUCCUCUGGGCUAGUGUUUACCCUUUACAAUCAAAUACUGACUUCUGAACUAAUUCCAAGGGUUUUUUUCCUGACGUUGUGGACUGGGAGCAGAAAUGCUGCCUUAGUGAGAGAUGUCCAGGAAGCAGUAGGCUUCAUCUUUCUUCAGCCUGCCUGGCCUUUGGUGAGUUUGGGAGUGUUGACAGAGUUCUGAGCCUUCUUGGCAGAGAAGGAAGGUCAGAAAGAGAGAAGUCCAUGGGCAGGGGGCCAGGUCUUUACUUGCCUCAUUAGGGAGAAUUCAGUGCUGUCUGUCUGGUUGGCAGGGCACACCUAAUCACAGAGACUCAGCAUUGCAGCAGUUUGCAAAGGAAAGUGAUAUGAAGGGACAGCUGCAAAUCAGCCACAACCUAGAUCUGAGGAGAUCAAGCAUUUACUUCACGUGGAAGAAAGAGAGAAGGAAGGAAGCUGAGGGCUUAGCAGGCCCUCGUGGACAGAAUGGGAGAAGACAAGCCAGGGAAGGAGGACACCCUAAAAGUUCUCCCUAGAUAGUGGGUGGGUUUGGGUUUAGUUCUACUUCAGAACUCACUUCUUUAGAAAAUUUUCCUAAUAAUGUGCAUAACUUGCUCUGACUACAUACCCCUUAGCAUUGUAGUGCUAGUGCUCAAUUUGGUAUUGCAUUUGAUUUCUACUUUUUGGUUUAUUGUUUACAAAUGUGACGGUAGGCCUUUUAGAUUGACUGUUUCUCCAAUUAAAUGGUGGUUUUGGACAACCAAAACUUUUGUUGCUUUUACCUCUUGUUUAAGUUGAUUUCUUAAAAUAUACUAACAGUAUAUGAGUAUAUUCUUUGUAUAAAAAGUAACACAUUACAAAUAAGUCUAAAGUUCCUUUUAUCGAUCCAGUUCCCACCCUAGUGCUUUUUCCCCUCCUCAGAGUUAAUCACUGUUAUCAAUUUUAUAUGAGCCCUGCCAGACUUUUUCUAAAUCUAUAUUACAUGUAGAACUUUAUGUGUAACACAUAUAUAUAUAAUUAUAUUCACAUAUAAUUAUUUCUCUGUUUUUCACAACUGGUUGUGAUGAUCAAUAAUCAGUAGAUAUGAAAUAAAUCUUACUGUUGCCUGGGCCUGAGAGACUGGAAUGACAAGUGAAAGGUCAAACAUAUGAAAAUAUGUCAUGUGUGCAACUUAUAAAAUUCCAUUCCAUAUCUGUCCUACGUAUAGUCCCUAGGUAUUAUUGGACAGGCCAUGGCUCCACCGUCCCGACGACGCAGGCACAAGAAACCAUCAUCAGUGGCUCCCGUGGUUGUGACCCCACCCACAGUUGUGACUCCUGUGCCUCUCACCCUCUCAAAACCUGGCCCUAGCAUUGAUAAACUUGGCUUCUUCUCCUUGGAAAAUAAUGUUCCUGGCCUAUCCCAGCUGAUCCUUCAAAAGCUGAACAUAAAAAGCUAUGAAGAAUACAAGUUGGUGCUAGAUGGGGGUACUCCUGUAUCAGGCUUUGGAUAUCGAUGCCUUCAAGAAAUGUUUCAGAAGAUGGAGGACACAUUCCGAUUCUGUGCUUACUGUAAAGCACUUCCUAGUGGCCUUUCAGACUCCAAGGUCCUCCGGCACUGCAUGAGGUGCAGAAAUGUCUAUUACUGUGGUCCAGAGUGCCAGAGGUCAGACUGGCCAGCGCACAGGAGGGUUUGUCAAGAGCUGCGUCUUGUAGCUGUGGACCGUCUCAUGGAAUGGCUUCUGGUCACAGGUGAUUUUGUCCUUCCCUCAGGACCUUGGUCAUGGCUGACUGAAGUCAUACAGGGCUGGGACACCUGGUUUUCUAUGCGACGUUUACAGCUAGAGGCUACACUGGAUGCUGUGCUUGGUAGUCAGGCCAUGACCACCCUGUGGGCCAGUGUAGGACGGCCAAGGCCAGACCCAGAUGUCCUGCAGGCCUCCUUGAAGCGUUUGCUGACAGAUGCCCUGUCACGGCCCUUGACGCUAGGCUUUGGGCUUCGGGCCUUGGGGAUAAAUGUUGGGAAGGUUGGGGGAAGUACAGUGCACGUGGUUGGUGCUUCUCAUGCAGAGACAUUCCUCACUCGCCCUGGGGACUAUGAUGAGCUUGGCCACAUGUUUCCUGGGCACCUUGGCCUCCAUGUAGUCAUGGUGGGUGUAGAUGUAGCUGCUGGCUUUUCACAGAGCACCUCAACUUCACUCCCGGAACCUGGUACAGUUCAGCUUAGUGGCCAUAGGGGCCUCUAUCAUGACUUCUGGGAGGAGCAGGUAGAAACUGGACAGAUAGCCCAUCCAGAUUUGGUGGUGGCAUUCCAUCCAGGUUUCCAUGCUUCCCCAGACUUGAUGGAGGCUUGGCUGCCCACCCUCUUGCUGCUUCGUGAUUAUGAGAUCCCUACAGUGAUGACUGUUUACAGCCAUCAGGAGUUGGCAGCCUCUUUGCAGAUUCUGGUGAACCUGGAUACACAUAUCACAGCCUAUGGAGCUAACCCUUUUGCGUCCCUCAAACCUGAACAGGUCUUCUCCAACCCCAACAAACAGCCAGUAUACUGCAGUGCCUACUAUAUCAUGUUUCUUGGAAGUUCCUGCCAGCUGGAUAAGAGGCAAUUGGAAGAGAAAGUAAAUGGCAGGGUAUAAAUAGCUGAGCCAGAUCCUGACUGGAUGUCUAGAAAAUGGAGAGGUUGUGAUGAAAUUACCUGCUGAUGACAGUUUAUUGCCAGCUUUCAAAUCCACUGUAUCAUAAACCUAAUUCACUUGUCUGGGUAGAUUCUAAGCUGAAUGAGAACUCCUGUAUGAUGUGAUUCAUUUCUAAGAGGUUAGCCGCAUGUAGCUUCUAGAGACAGGAUUCUAGAUUUAGUGUGUGGCAAAAAGGCCCUGUAUCAGUUUUUGUAGAGCCUGAAGUUCCUAACAGUUUCCUUCAUGAGGAAGUUACACUUUUUGACUUGAACCAGAUGGCACCGAGGAGAAGAAUGGCACCUUAUUCUUCUGAAAAAGGCUUUCUUCUUAUAUAGCAAUUUGGGCUCAAAAAUGCAGAAGUCUUAACGACUUGAAGUAGUGGAAGAAUGAGCAAGUCGGAGAAGUGGUUGGGAACGUGGGGGAGGUUGUGAGGAUUGGCACGCAGUUCUACUUUCUGGCUUUCUCGAGUUACACGUCUCAUUUUCCUAUUUCUCUUGGGGCCUUCUAACUUUAGAGCAGCUUUUUGCCCUUGUGUUGUGUUUUAGGUAUCCCAGGGUGUAUCAGACUUUACUUGAAUAUACCGGAGUUUGUUAUCACCUGGUCUAUACCACAAUAAACUCAGUCUGGGGCUUCUUAAGUCACUUAUUUUAUUUCCUAUUCACUGGCAAGUGUUACUUGUCUACACAGAACAUCUCAAGGUUGGAGGUUUCUCUCUUGCCAAAAGAGUGAUGUUAAUCACAUCAGCUCUGUUUGGGCCUGCCACUCUACCACACCCUGUCUGUUGUCAUCCUUCUCUUAUCACACUCUUAGGAUUAGGAUAUUCCCUAGGUAUUCAUUCCUACAACUUGCUAUGACCUCAACUUCUCCACUUAUAUCCAGAAUAUAUGUAUAUAAAUAUAUAUAUAAAGAUAUAUAUAUAUAUUUAUAUUUAUAAAUAACUCUUGCAACUCAAUAAUAAAAGGACAAAUAACUCAAUUUAAAAAUGGGCAAAUAAUCUGAACAGAUUUUUCUCCAAAGAAGAUAUACAAAUGAUCGAUAAGCACAUGAAAAGAUGCUUAACAUUGUUAGUCAUCUGGAAAUACAAAUCAAAACCACAACGAAAGAAAGCACUUCUUUUGCUAGGAUGACAACAAUAAAAAAGACAGAUAAUAAUGUGUUAAUAAGGAUGUAGAGAAAUUGUAACCCUCAUACACUGUUAGUAGGGAUGUAAAAUCAUGCAGCAAUUUUGGAAAAUAGGCUGGCAGUUUCUCAAGAAGUUAAACUUUGAGUUACCAUUUGAUCCAGCUAUUCUGCUCCUAGGUGUGUACUCAUGAGAAAUGAAAACAUUUGUCCACAAAUGUUCCCAGAGGCAUUAUUCAUAAUAGCCAAAAGGUAAAGAUAACCCAAGUGUCCAUCAACUUGUGAAUAAACAAAAUGUGAUAUAUACUGAAAUAUUUGGCCAUAAAAAAGAAGGAAGUACUGAUUUAUGCUACAACAUGGAUGAACUUUGAAAACAUGUUCAUCCAUGUUCAUGUUAAGUGAAAAUCCAGUCAUGAAAGACCACAUAUUGUCUGAGUGCAUUUAUAUAAAAUGUCUAGAGUAGGCAAAUCGCUGGAGACAGAAGGUAGAUUAGUGGCAGCAUAGAGAUGAGAAUGGUGAAAGUAUUGGGGAUGAUGGCUAAAGUGUAUGAGGUUUAUUUUGGGGAUGAUGUAAAUGUUCUAAAAUUCUGAUGAUGGUACUAUUCUGUGAAUAUAUUAAAAACCAUUGGGCUUGUCUGGUGGCACAGUGGUUAAGAAUCCGCCUGCCAAUGCAGGGGACACGGGUUUGAGCCCUGGUCCAGGAAGAUCCCACAUGUCGCAAAGCAACUAAGCCCAUGUGCCACAACUACUGAGCCUAUGCUGUAGAGCCCGCAAGCCACAACUAUUGAGCCCACGUGCCACAACUGCUGAAGCCCACAUGCCUAGAGCCCGUGCCCUGCAACAAGAGGAGCCACCACAAUAAGAAGCCCAUGCACCGCAAUGAAGAGUAGCCCCCAUUCACCACAACUAGAGAAAGCCUGUGUGCAGCAACGAAGACCCAACAGAGCCACUAAAUAAAUAAAUAAAAAUAAAAUUAAAAAAAACAUUGAAUUGCACACUUUAUAUCAGUGAAUUAUAUCUCAAUAAAGCUAUUACCAAAAAGCAGUUAUUUAAAUCAUAGUGUAAAAAAUGGGAAUAUUUGUUAUGUGCUUAACACAGUGCCUGGCAUAUAAUAUGUAUUUAAUAAAUGGUAGCUAUUAUUGAACAUAUACCAUUUUGAAUGUUAUUCAGUAACAGAUUGAACUCACUGUGCAAGAUGGUUUGACAAUGGAAAAAACAGUUGUAAUGCCAUUUUUACGGUUCAGAUGAUGUAAUCCACGUGUCAGCUAAAGUUAUUUGUUUUUAUUUAUUAUUUUAUUUUUUUGGCUGCAUUGUGUCUUCGUUGCUGCCUGCAGGCCUUCUCUAGUUGUGGCAA